AUGGAGCCGCCGUGCCCGCUGAUCCCGCUCCUGGCCGCCUGCUGCUUCGCCGUCCUGCAGGCGGGCGGCGGCGCGCCGGAGCCGGGCGCCGGGCACGCCGAGCAGCGCCUCUUCAAGCACCUCUUCAGCGGCUACAACCGCUGGUCGCGCCCGGUGCCCAACACGUCCGACGUCGUCAUCAUCAAGUUCGGGCUCUCCAUCGCGCAGCUCAUCGACGUGGACGAGAAGAACCAGAUGAUGACCACCAACGUCUGGCUGAAGCAGGAGUGGAGCGACUACAAGCUGCGCUGGAACCCGGCCGACUUCGACAAYGUCACUUCCAUCCGCGUGCCCUCCGAGAUGAUCUGGAUCCCGGACAUCGUGCUCUACAACAACGCCGACGGGGAGUUUGCCGUGACCCACAUGACGAAGGCCCACCUCUUCUCCAACGGGAAGGUCAAGUGGGUGCCGCCCGCCAUCUACAAGAGCUCCUGCAGCAUCGACGUCACCUUCUUCCCCUUCGACCAGCAGAACUGCAAGAUGAAGUUCGGCUCCUGGAGCUACGACAAGGCCAAGAUUGACCUGGAGAACAUGGAGCAUCACGUGGACCUCAAGGACUACUGGGAGAGCGGCGAGUGGGCCAUCAUCAACGCCAUCGGCACCUACAACUCCAAGAAGUACGACUGCUGCACCGAGAUCUACCCUGACAUCACCUUCUGCUUCAUCAUCCGCCGCCUCCCGCUCUUCUACACCAUCAAUCUCAUCAUACCCUGCCUGCUCAUCUCCUGCUUGACCGUGCUGGUCUUCUACCUGCCCUCCGACUGCGGGGAGAAGAUCACGCUCUGCAUCUCCGUCCUGCUGUCCCUCACCGUCUUCCUGCUGCUCAUCACCGAGAUCAUCCCUUCCACCUCGCUGGUCAUCCCGCUCAUCGGAGAGUACCUCCUCUUCACCAUGAUCUUCGUGACGCUCUCCAUCAUCAUCACGGUGUUCGUGCUCAACGUGCACCACCGCUCGCCGAGCACGCACAAGAUGCCGCGCUGGGUGCGCAGCUUCUUCCUCAACUUCAUCCCGCGCUGGCUCUUCAUGAAGCGGCCGCCGGCGCUGCCGCCCGCCGCCCAGUACGACCUGCCCGCCGCCCGCCUCAGCACCUCGCGCUGCUGGCUGGACACCGACGUGGACGACAAGUGGGAGGAAGAGGAGGAAGAGGAGGAGGAGGAGGAGACGUGCCCCCGGCGGGCGCCGCGGGCGGGCGCGCGCAGCCAGGGUGCCCCGGGCCGCUACGGGUGCGGGCGGCCGCUGCGCAAGGUGCCGGGUGGCCCCAGGGCGCCCAGCAAGGGCGACGCGGGCGGCUCGGAGCAGGCGCUGUCGCCCGGCAUCCUCAAGGCGCUGGAAGGGGUGCAGUACAUCGCCGACCACCUGCGCGCCGAGGACGCCGACUUCUCGGUGAAGGAGGACUGGAAGUACGUGGCCAUGGUCAUCGACCGCAUCUUCCUCUGGAUGUUCAUCAUCGUCUGCCUGCUGGGCACCGUGGGGCUCUUCCUGCCGCCCUACCUGGCCGGGAUGAUCUAG